AUGCCGAGCAAGAGGCCAAAAUCCGAGGCGACUAUCUCCUUCUCCAAGGUUGACCUCAAAGGUAUAAGUUUACCUCACGAUGAUUCUUUAGUGGUGCAGGUGGAAAUUGCGAAGAGACCCAUUCACCGGGUAUUGGUCGAUACGGGAGCGUCCGUGGAUCUGAUGUCGCUCAACGCCUAUCAACAGUUUGGCUUUGGCGAUGAUGCUCUCAAGCCUGAGGGAACCUACCUCCAUGGAUUCUCAGGAGCCUCGGCAACCAUCAAGUGGUCAAUAGACCUACUGGUUACGUUCGGGCAAGCUCCAUGCCAAGCAACGAUUCAAGUCAAAUUCAUGGUGGUGCGGUCGGUGGUGGCCUUCAAUGCCAUACUUGGUCGCCCAUUGCUCACCGCCCUCCAGGCUAUCAAUUCACUGAUACACUUGAAGAUGAAAUUCCCCAUAGAGAACGGCGUCGGAGAAAUCCGAGGUGAUCAAAAGAGAACUCGAGAGUGA